AGGAAAAAAACAGCCGCUUCCGUGUUGUUCUUGUGAUAUUUGGGCAAAUAACUGUCGUUAGCAGAGCCGGAGCUCGUCUGACAGCCUCGCCGGAGUGUGACUAUCAUGAUUUUGUGAAGCUGACACACAGUUUCAGCUUUUCUCGCCCGACAUGUCGCUGCUGCAGAGCUCCAAGAAAAAAGACAAGCGUAUUUUGUCUGGUACCUGCCCAGACCCGAAAUGUCAGGCGAGGCUAUUCUUCCCCGCUUACGGCUCCAUUAGCAUCGAGUGCACGGAGUGUGGUCAACGCCACGAACAGAAGAACCUGUUAAAUGUCGAAGAAGUGACUGACCCAGAUGUUGUGCUCCACAAUCUGCUCAGAAACGCCCUGCUCGGCGUCACCGGGGCCCCGAAGAAAGGCACGGAGCUGGUGAAAGUAAUGGGGCUGUCUAAUUACCACUGCAAGCUGCUGUCCCCGGUCCUCACCAGGUACGGCAUGGAUAAACAAACCGGCAAAGCCAAGCUGCUGAGCGAAAUGAACCAAGGUGAGAUGUUUGACUGCUCGCUCCUGGGAGACAGAGCUUUCCUGAUUGAGCCGGACCAUGUGUCCACCAUGGGCUACGGCAAGGACAGGUCCGGGAGCCUCAUAUACCUCCAUGACACUCUGGAGGAGGUCAAGAAAGCCAACACCAACAGGGAAUGUCUGAUCCCGGUCCAUGUAGAUGGAGACGGGCACUGCCUGGUCCAUGCUGUGUCCAGAGCGCUGGUGGGCAGAGAACUGUUCUGGCACGCCCUGAGAGAAAACCUGAAACAGAACUUCAAGCAGAACCUGGACUGCUAUAAGGCCCUCUUUCAGGAUUUUAUUGAUGCUGCCGAGUGGGAGGACAUCAUCAAUGAGUGUGACCCCCUGUUCAUCCCGCCUGAAGGCGUGCCUCUUGGCCUACGCAACAUCCAUAUAUUUGGCCUAGCCAACGUCCUCCACCGACCCAUAAUCCUGCUGGACUCCCUGAGUGGAAUGAGGAGCUCUGGGGAUUAUUCGGCCACCUUCCUGCCCGGGCUGGUGGCCGAGGAGCAGUGCAGGGGGAAAGACGGGAAGCUCAACAAACCCAUCUGUAUCGCCUGGAGCAGCUCGGGCAGGAACCACUACAUCCCUCUGGUGGGAAUCAAGAACACUGUGCUGCCCAAACUACCUGCGCGCCUGCUGCCGAAGGCUUGGGGCGUCCCUCAGGAGCUCAUCAAGAAGUACAUCAAGCUGGAGCCAGACGGGAGCUGUGUGAUCGGCGGUGACCGCAGCCUGCAGGAUAAAUAUCUGAUGCGGCUGGUAAACGCCAUGGAGGAGGUGUUCAUGGAGAAGCACAACAUCCACCCAUCGCUGGUGGCUGAUGUGCACCAGUACGUCUACAGGCGCACCGGGGUUAUUGGCAUCCAGCCUGAAGAGGUGACCGAGGCAGCUAAGAAGUCGGUGAUGGAGAACCGGCUGCACCGCUGCCUGAUCUGUGGCGCCCUCUCUGAGCUCCAUGUCCUGCCGGAGUGGCUGGUUCCUGGUGGGAAACUCUACAACUUGGCCAAGUCCACUCAUGGCCAGCUGCGGCCGGACAAGAACUACAGCUUCCCCCUCAACAACGUGGUCUGCUCCUAUGACCCCCAGAGAGACGUCCUCGUCCCAGAUUAUAAACUGAGCUCCCUCAACACCUGCAACUGGUGUCACGGCACAUCGGUCCGCCACAUCCGGGGCAACGGCUCGGUGGUUUACCUGGAUGGAGACCGAACCAACACCCGGUCCCAGGGUGGGAAGUGUGGGUGCGGCUUCAAACAUUUCUGGGAGGGGAAGGAGUACGACAACCUCCCUGAGGCCUUCCCCAUCACGUUGGAGUGGGGGGGUCGGGUGGUGAGAGAGACGGUGUACUGGUUCCAGUAUGAGACUGACCCUGCUUUGAACAGCAAUGUGUAUGAUGUGGCCAUGAAGCUGGUCACCAAGCACUUCCCGGGGGAGUUUGGCAGCGAGAUCCUGGUGCAGAAAGUAGUCAACACCAUCCUGCAUCACACCGCCAAGAAGAACCCAGACGAAUACAACCCAGUGUCCAUCGACGGGGCUCAUGUCCAGCGUCUUACCGACACUGCAGAGACUCAACCGGCGGUGGAUCCCCAGCCGCCCACUAAGAUCAUCUUGACUGGUCAGAAAGCAAAGACGCUCCACAAAGAGGAGCUGACGAUGAGCCGAGCGGAGCGCAGCAUCCAGCAGAGCAUCAGCGAGCAGGCCCUCGUCACGCAGAAGCGACGGACUGACAAGCUAAAGCAGGAGCAGAAGGGCCACGGCCGGACGUCUUCCCCCCGUGGGUCUCCAGAAAUCUCCUCCUCCUCCUCUUCAGCUCCAGCCACGCCCACCAAAUCCUCCUCCCCCUCCUCGUCCAAUAAGGAGAAGAAGAUCCGUGUGACCACCAGUGAUGGCAGGCAGGCCAUGCUGACCCUGCAGGCCCACACCACCUUCUCAGAGCUGCAGAGGAGCAUCACCAACCAGUUUGGCGUGCCGCCGGCGCAGCAGUGUAUCCGCUACGGCUUCCCGCCCAAAGAGCUGCUCCCCCCGAAGGAUGGCGAGGAGAAUGAGCCAGUGGCCCUGCAGCACGGCGACAGGGUGACGGUGGAGAUACUGAGGGGCCCCGAGGACAAGAGCCCCGCGGCCUCCAUACCCAGAGCCUCCAGCUCGCACUCCGCCCUGCACUCGGCGAAGAGCGAGGACGCCGUGACGUCCGGCAGGAGCAGCCGUGAACUCCAGGACAGCAUCGACCUUGAAAUGUCCUCCCUCUGUCUCCUAGCAACCCUGAUGGGUGAGGACGUUUGGUCGUAUGCAAAGAAGCUGCCACACUUAUUCCAGCAGGGUGGAGUCUUCUACAACAUCGUCAAGAAGGACAUGGGCCUGAUGGACGGGAAGCACUGCACGCUGCCUCACCUGACGGGGAAAACGUUUGUUUAUAACGCAGCAGAGGAGCGCCUGGAGCUCUGUGUAGACGCUGCUGGUCAUUUCCCCGUUGGCCCUGAUGUGGAGGAGCUGGUGAAAGAGGCGUUGGUCCAGCUGCGCUCUGAGGCGGCCACCAGGGGCAGCAGAGAGGGGAGUCCAUCCCACGGCGUGCUGCGACUUGGCAGUGGCGGCGUUGUCCGUAAGAAGGAGCAGCUGCAGAGCGUCACUGCCUUCCAGGGUAAGGGCCACUCUCUGGGCAGCGCCGGGGCCUCCUCCCCUCCAGAGCACCGGCCCAUCACGCGCCAGCACAGCAGUGGUGUGGACCUGAGCGCCAGCGUGUCCCGAGGCCCCCCAGACCUGUCGGACAUCCCUGAGGACACCACCAGGGAGCUGGUUCGCAUGGCUCCAGGCUUCGUCACCAUGAAGGACGGGCGUGGGCUGGACCCCAGCCUGAUGGAGCAGCAGCGCAAGAAGCUGCAGGAGAUGGUCUCCUCCAUCCAGGCUUCCAUGGAGCGCCACCUGAGAGAGCAGCAGAGCGCCGGCGCAGGGGACGAGGCCAGACAAGAGCGGACUGGCGGGACGAGGACGGGCACAGGCCAACCAGCAUCUACAGUCGACCACGAAACUCCAGCGGCAGCAGGUGCGACGAUGGCGAGCAAACCAGACGGGAAGGCGGAGGAGCCGGAGGAGAUGGAGAGUCAGGACGCCGGGCAGAGCAACGCCACUGAACCCAUGGAUCACUCCUGAUCACUCCUGAACCCCAGCACCGCCCCGCCCCUGCCCCGCCUCGCUGGCAUCUUUGGGUCAUAACGCCUCAGGUCGGAUCCUAAAGCUUUGGUCUUCAUCGUGUUUCGUUGUCUGUUCUGCAUGACUAAAGAGCGAGCCGACCGUCCUCACCUCUCUGCAGACUCGCGGUGGGACAGUAAUCCAUGAGGCGAUAUAUUGAGACGCGCUGCUUGCGAUACAUCAUCACGACAUUAUCACACCCCUGCUGCAGUGCUGAGGCUGCUGUGUGUGUGUGUGUGUGUGUGUGUGUGUUUAUACUCUAUGCACUUUGGUACACACUCUCUCAUCUCAGCUGCCACACCUGAAACUUCACAAUGCAGUAAAUAAUAAACAAACACAACACGAUUCAUUUCUGCUUUUGAGAGAAAUUAUUUUGCCUUUCUUAGAUAAGUUCUUCUCAGCUGAUGAUGUAUCGUAACUGACCGUCUUGCAUUAUAUCGCAGAGCGGCGUGCGUGGUGACAGGAUUGUAUCUUUAGCCCUGUGAUUCCCACCUGCAGACAGUUUAAUCCUCUCGCUACAAACACGCACACCGAGGUCGGAGGCCAAAACACCGCUCGGAUUCACGCGUGAGACGCAUUCCUGUAGAUAGAAGAAUCCUCUGAGUCUUAAUCUGCCACCAGGAGGAGAGCUGCCGGUCGCCGGCAGCAUAAUGUCCUGCAAACAUGCUUCCGUUUAAGUGCACGCUCUGAGAAAGGUGCACCAGCCUCUGUACGCAUCAACGCCUUCAUCGCCGAAAUCUGCUUUUCCACCGUCCGUCCGUCUGUCUGUCUGAGGACCACGGGGAGAACUUUGGAUCUGUGUUUGCUUGACUGCCUGACUUGACCUGAAAUUAUUUUUUUUUCCUCCCCAACGGUCACCACAUAAAAUUUUCGUUUCCCAAAUAGUGAUUGAUGUGAAGCGCCUGAAUGCAGCUUCAGACCAACCAGUGCCACCUGCAGGUGAGGAGUGUUCUCAGUAUUUUUUGCAUUUUAAACCUUUAAAAUGUUAGUUGUGUUUAUUCCUUAAGACAGUGCAACAUCACAAGUCCGCUGUCCGCAGACUAUGGCAGAUAUCAUCGUCUGCUGGCCGAGAAAAAUGUCAAAUAUAUAAACAUCAUUUUCCUCUUACCUGUAAUGAUACUUAUCAGUCUAGAUUGUUCUGAUGUGAGGUGCCGAAUGAUUGCGAUAUCAGCUGUAGAGAUGUCUGCCUGUCACUCGGCUUGUGGUGCUCAAAGCAUCAAAAAAGGACACUUGUAAAACUCAACAUCAGUGUCUCUUUCCAGAAAUCUAACCCAGUUACUCGAGAUAAUCUACAGACCUUGUUGUGAGCAGUUUCAUUAAGGGAAUAUUUUCUUUCUACCAAACUACACCCGCCAACUGUAUCACUGCAGAGAAGGAGGAGUGCAUUUACCUCUAGCUCACGUAGCAUCGCUGAGCUAGUUAACGCUACAGCUCAGCCGAGGAGCCUCACGUCCAUAAGCAGAUGCUUCCUCCUCUGCAGUGAUACAGUUGGUGGGUGUAGCUUAGAAAAAUGAAAAUAUGUCCCACAUAAAUCUGCUCACAACAAGGUCUGUGGAUUAUCUGUGUCUGCCGUCAAGUAACUCCAUCAUAUUGGAGAGAAGGCAGACGUCUCUACAGCCGAUAUCUCCAACACUCAACAACUCACACCAGAACUAUCUAAACUGAUAAACAGCACAACAGAUAACUGGAAGAAUGCAUAUUUUUGCGGGGUGAACGGUCCCUUUCAGAAGAUCAUAUUAGUUGGGCUCCGUUGGCAAACAAAUACCAAACAAGAACUUUAAAUGUACAUUGAUUCUGAAUAAUUGAACUGUCAGGUUUGCUGUGAUUAAAAUCCUCCUCAUCUUGAAUGUUCACUUGUACAACAGUUCACUCUGGACAGAUGACAGAUAAUUAUAUUAUUAAAGACACAUGUAUCUGGUGGUCAAGUGCCUGAAAAAGCGUCACGUGCCAUGAACACGUUAAAUAAAUGAUAAAUCUCCAGAAGCAGCCAUAAGCUGUUUCACAUUGAGUAUUUAAUAUCAACUGGAGGUCAGUGUGGCACAGUGAUGUCACGCAGUUUGUAUAAAAAAACAAACACACACACACACACACACACACACACACAAAGAAAACUUAAAGUUUUAAAAACUGCAACAGUAACACUUGUUUCCUGCAGAUGGCACAAUUUAAAAAUCAUUCUCCGGAACAGUCCUGCUGUUCCACGUGGUUUUCUUUCUGCAAAACUGAAACUUUGAAAUACGAGUAUGUGAACACAACCUUGGCUGUGGACUUUAAAAGCUACAACAAAGCUGUGUUUGUUGGAACACCAACAAAAUAAUUUGUCUUUGUGAAUGGUAUACUGUGCAGGAUUGUAAUUUAGUGUUAAAGUCAAAAGUAAAAGCCAACCCCAUGUUCACUCCGGUGUGAUGUUUUGCCACACACUAUUUUUGUUUGGCGCUGUGUCUCUUGGAUGUGUGCUGCUUACAGUCCGGCCCCUGAUCGCUAAGUUUUUAUAAACUGGUUUAUAGCAGAUCCUAAAAAAAUCUUAAGAGGCAUUGAAUUAAUUAAUGUAAAAAAAAUAGGCCUCAAUUGGAAUUAAAAUGUCUUGAAUGAAUCUUUCAAAAGUUAAAAUGCCAAGACACGAGAAGUAUGACUUCAUCAAGCGUUUAUGUUCUGCUGUUGCAAACGCAGAUCAGGAAAGUGAAACCAACAACAUGAAGAUCCACUGUCUGCUAGCUGUCACUGUACCCUGCACGGCACGGGGAAGUGGAAAUUCAACGAAAUUGGCUCUUUAACAGAGAGAACAUGGCUGAAACGAGGCUCGUGUAUUUGACCCUGCAAGUAUUCCAAACUCAGCAUGACUCCCACAUGCAGAGUGAGAAACAUAAAACCGUUCUGUUCUAACAGUGUCUCUGCAACAAGACAAAAAAAUGUCUCCUUCAGUUUUGGCUAUUGUAAAAUUGUCUUAAAUGUAAUUCCAACAGGCAUUAUAAAGUCUUAUAGAUUCUUUAAUCUAACUUGCCUUGACCUUGUAUAAAGCAGCGACCUCCCCUGAGCACAGCGGGGGUACACGCCCAUAAACAUCCCCAACACAAAAAAUAAAUAAGGAUUACUUGUGUAUGAGUCUAUAUGUUGUUUGUUUAGAAAAAUCCUGCAUAGUAUUCCUUUAAAUUUACUUUGUAACAUGGAGAGAAACCUUUAGCUUUGUUUCAGAUUUUAAGGAGCUGUGUAAAGGUGUGGCAGGUGUUUUGAACUGGUCUGAGAACCAGUGAACAGCUCCCCUUGUGGAGAAUCUAGAGUCCGGUCCAUGAGGUGCUUCAUAUCUAAGAAAACCAAAAAAACCCAAAACAUGAGUGAAUGGGUAAAAAAAACAACUGUCAUUACGCUCUUGGCUUUUUAAAUACUUUUCCUAAGUCAAGAAAAUCUAAAUAUUUAUUUACUUUUUUCCGGAAAUUUCAUUUAAUUUGAUCUUAAAUGUUAAGUUGCUAAAAGCAGUUUAAAGUUGGCCAGUGAAAAGUCAGAGAAAGAUUAAUGAAGACAAGUUUUCUUUGCUCUGAAGCUGCGGUCACAUUACUCCAUUCAACAAAACUGCGCUGAGAAAAGGACAUGAUGACCACAAACUGUCUGUCGGUGUGGCGCUGUUCGAAACAUGCCGCUAGUAUGGAGACAGACUUGUGUCAGUAUUAUUUGUGUUCAGAUCUGUGACAAUCCAUGUGUAAAUAUGUGACCUAGAAAUAUAAAACACCUUCUACAGAAACAAAUACACUCAAAAAUAUUUGCAAAUAUAAAACUGCCCUACAAAUAUACAUACACUGCAUAUACCCAUCCCACCCAUACCCAUACCCAUUAUUUGGGAAUCAAAAGAACAAUUCUGCACUUGCAGAUUUGCAUUUUACACAGUUUUGAGACAAAUGUUUCGCCAGUCUGAACGAAAAUCCACUCGUAUCACUCAUAUUCAGAUAGCACGUGAUCACCUGCAAGGCUUUUCAUUUAUUUUUAGAUUAAUUUAAUAUAAUGACAGGAUUUUUUGUUGAGGAAUUUGUGUAGAGACAGAUCCAUUUUACAUUUGCAAAAUGUUUUUGUUAGUUUACAAAUUUUUUUUGCAUUUGUAGAGAGACUUAAAUAUUUACAGAUUUAUGGUGAUAGAUUCAUGUCAGUGUAAUUUUGUGAACAAAUAGACAAUCUGUAAAUUUGUAAUCUGUAAAUAUUUAAACACCUUUUACAAAAACAAAUACAAAAAAGUUUUGUAAAGUAAAAAAAUAUUUAGCAAACUAGAAACGGAUCUGCAUGUACAUGAACAAGCCCAACAAUUAAAAAAAAAAAAAAAAAUUAAAAAAUCUGUGAAUGCACUAAUUUAAAAAUAAAUGAAAAGCACUGGUGAGUAUCUCACAAAUGUUUAAAACUUCCAGAAAACUAAAUGAAAAUACACUAGUAUCUAUCAUUUUCGGAUAGCACGUGAUCGCCUGCUGACAACUUCAUUUCUGCAUUUCAAAGUAAGAUGACGCAGUUGUUCUUAGGUUAGAAAAAUAUUCACAAAUGCUUUUCAUUUGUUUUUAAAAUAAUUUAACGUAUUCACAGAUUUUGUCUUAUUUGAGUAUUUGCAGAUCUGUUUUAUAUUUGCAAAAUAUUUGUGUGAGUUUACAAAUCUUGUUUUUGGAAAGAGUUUUAUAGUUACAGAUUACACAUUGACACAAGAACUGUUGACAUGUUCACACAAAAAAAUAUUGACACAAAUCUAUCUCCAUACGCUAUAACAAUAACUUAAUGCCCAAACUCUGUGCAGCAGAGUUUCUGUUGGCUGAACAUGUAUAUCCACACUGACAAAGUUGGCGAAAAUUUCCUUCAAUGCGUCCGAGUGUGAUGUGACCGUCCCUUGACUGUCUUUGGUUCAUGUUUAAAACGACCCAUUUUAAAAAAGAAGAAAAAGGCCAAAGAUAAACCUGGUUCAAGUUUUAAGUCCAGUGUAAAAAAUGUGGAUCUGAUAUUUGGUGAAAGAGGCUCGCCUGCUUCUGUCCUAUGCAAAGAAAUCUUCACUGAACUUCCAAAUAAAAACCUCUAAAUACACAUGUGAGAAUCACAUGAAUCUGAUAAACCCACAGCAGAGAGGUUUUAUAUCCAGUUUCUGCUGAAACCGUCCCCCAGACUGCAGAUAAAAUAUAGAUUUAAUUUAUUUUUUAUUUCCUCUGCUGCUUUUCUUUAGUUUUGCAGUCAGACGUGCAGGGAGGAAAAGCAACAAAACAUGUCUUUACAAGCAUCUUCUCACAGUGUCGCAGCUUCUUAUGAAACAUCAGUUAAGAUAAGAUAAGAUGUGGACAGUCUGUGCGGAUAGUUGAGAGUGAUUUGAUUUAUUCAUGGAUCUGAAAAACACUCCAGUCUGAAGAGCAACAUGUUGAAGUCAGAACACUUUUGACUUUUGGUCAGUCUCUCCGGAUUUUGUCUCAUCGUCUCAGUCACAACGAAGGGAAAUCUUGACGGUCCAGCACACAGAGAGUUUAGACUGGAGGUUUUCAGAGCAGUAGGUCAUGUGUUACACUCAAAGAUUUCAUGUGGAGGUUCUCACAUACUUUUGGCCCUGUAGUGCACGUCUCCUCCGGUGCUUGGUCAUUCACAGAGUGUGUGUGUGUGACAGAUCCUUGUCCGGUUUCCAUCUGAAUUUAGCUCUGUAUACUCUUGCAGGGGAAGUAUUUUGCAGCAGCAGGAUUAAAGAGUCUUAAUCUUCUUUUAUACAUUCAUUGAAGGUUUAAUCAAACAACCUGCUGCUUGUAUCUCCAGUGUCGUGGUGGUUUGAUUCUUGAUUUCUGCCUGUUGAGGACGAACAACACUCUUAAACACUCCCCUUAAAACCUUCAAUGAGGAAAAGAGAGUUUCAGGCUAAAGUUGGCUCUUUAUUGGAAUUUGGGAUUUUUUUUUCUUCACUUUUUCCGAUGUAAUAAAUAAGGGACUGUACUUUAUUUAUCAGAGGAGGGGAUGGCUUGGGUGUCGCUCAGUUUUUAUGCCAGGCAUUGUUUUCAGAUGUGUGCGUCAGUCCCAUUCAUGUGAACACGAUAUCUCAAGAACGCCUGGAGGGGAUUUCUUUAAAUUUGGCACAAACGUCCACUUGGACUCAAGAAUGAACCAAUAAAAAUUUGAUGGUCUGCAGGCAUCUGCAGAUUACUUUAUCAGCUGACAUUGUUGAUCAUUUCUGUUUUCACUGUGAUAAAGGAUGUAAUUUGGGUGAUUUUAUUUAUUUAUUUUUAUUGACCGUUUAAAGUUGAGUGUCCUUCCCCUAAGCCAAAUAAAAAACGUCCUCCCCGAGUCCUCUCUGGUUUUGCACCACCCUCUCCCCUCUCAUAAGUACCGAACAGUCCCUAAGUUUUGUGAGUUCUUGUGAGGCAGAAAGUUGUUUUGACUGGUCCACAAAGAUGUGCACGUGUUUUGUGCGCUGACAUUUUUCUACGCUUUAUUAAAUCAUAAGGAUGAUGACAUAAGAGGCUCAACAGUUUGGUGCUGCUUCAGAAAACAGCUGUGGGUGACUGACACCUUCAGUGCCUCCUGAAGUCGUGAUUAGAUGCUUAUAAAGAACUGUUUUCCCAGCAUCCUUUGUGGCUUUUCUCACUACAAUGAUCCCUUACAGUUCUGAUUAGGACUUUCAUUUGAAUCACAGAAGUUUCAGAGUUCAGCCAAACUAGUUUCAAAGUAAGAUGUUUGACAAUUUGGGAAAUUCGCUAUUUCUCAUUCUUGCUGAGAGUUUGAUGUUCUGAUCGUUCUCGGGUUAGCUUAGCUUAGCCUAAAGACUGGAAGCAACACGUUAGCCUGGCUCUGUCCGAAGGUAAAUCCACCUGCCAGCUCCUCUGUUACAUCCUGUUUGUUUUAAAUCCCACAAAAAGUGUAAAGACAACCCACUGUAGUUUUACAGGUCUCUGGCCAGACUUUAGGCCAAGCUAACCAAUCAAGAGCCAUCAGAACACAGAUAAGCGAAUUUCUCAAAACACUGAACUAUUCCUUUAAAAUGACUCAAAGUCAGUUUACACUUUUGUUGCCAACAAAAUGUUUUUUUUUUCUCCACAUCUCCAUGUUGUUGGAGGAACUGAUCGUCGGGCCUUAACAUCUGUUCAUUCUUCACAAAAUCGAUUAGUUUUACAAUAUGGUUCUUUUUUUUUUUGUUUUACUUUUAAAUGCUUUUACCUCAUUUGUUUUAGUAUAAAUCCUCAUGUUCGACCUUAAAAGAAGUCUCUUAGUUUGACCUAUGUUGUUUCCUGGUUUUUGGUGAAAACAAAUCUCAAGCCUCAAAAUGUGAGUCAGUCUUUUUGUUUUCAGAUUUCUGAGGUUUAUUUUGCCGUUGGGGUGAACAAAUGUGAGACUCUGCACUUUGUUUGAGAAAAAGAGGGAAUGUUAGCGUAGCAUGCUCGUAUUAGCUGCACUUGAAUCUUCAUCAGUCAGAGAAGAAACCGGUCGGUCGGUCGGUCGGACGAAUCAAAAGGAAGAAGAGCUUGCUCAGACGACACUGCUGUAACAGACUUGAAGUUUUUGUUUGUGACUGCUGUACACUGACAUGAAUUGUAAUCCAGUUGUAUAAUAGUAUAUAUUGUAGUAUAUUUGGACCUGUACAGAAACUACAGAAACACAGAUUGUUCAGUUCCUUCAGUUCUUUUUCUUUCUUUUUUUUUUUGUUAACUUCUCUCUGGUUUGCUAAUAAAAUAUUGAUGAUACACGGCUUCGACAUCGCUGUUUGCAUGUGUGAUGAAUUUUCAACCCCAACAAUAAAAUCACUUCCUUCACUUGUUUUUGUAUUUUGUCGUCACUGACAGAUUUUUCUGUUUGUCUGUUAUAAAAGAAGAAAAACAAAUUGUGGUUGUUCAUGUUUGGUCUUUACAUCUGUGUUGUCCAUUUUCUGAACGGUGUUUGUGAACAUGGGAGUGAUGCUGGUUUUGCUGUAUUUCUAUAAGAAUUAACCUGCAGAUAAAAUGAAACUUACAUGUUAGUGUGUCAAAGUGUUACUGGGCAAUAAUAUUAGAUAUUAAUAUUAUCAUGUUGUAUCAUUCUACACAUUCAAAUUACUGAUUUAAAGAGAAAAUGAGUCAUACAAGUUUUGUUGGACACAUUCAGAGUUUGUUCACGUAUAGUUUAAAGUGAUGAAACAGUUCAAGGCUUUGAUUAUUGAAUUAUUUUAUGUGAUUUGGUGAAUUUUCCACAUCAGGAUGUAUGUCACAUUUUAAA